CCCUCCAAUCCUGCAGAGGACCCUAUAAGCCAGUGACUACUAAAUCUCUUCUGGAGGACCCCGGGCGGUUGCGAAAGGGCGGAGUACAGGCAGGUCUGGCCUGAGAGGGCGGGGCCUGAGUUCUCAAGCCUGGCGGUUGCACCCGGCUAGAUACAUUGCACUCCUGCGACCCUGAUUCCACCUGGUGAGAUGCCCCCCCAACCUUCCUCAAGGGAGAAGGCGUCCUAUUUUUUCCCCAGCCCCUAACACCCCUGUCCCCGUCCCUGUGCCCUCAGGGACCUAGGAGUUCAGACCCACAGUCCCCACCCCCGAGCCUGGCAUCAGAGCCCUCAGCUACGCCAUCCCUUCAAGGACCUGGGCAUGGUGAUCCCUAACUUCUAUCCAUUCUCCUCUGCUCCCUCCUUAUCAACAAGCUAGGCGUUCCCAGCUCCCAGUUCUCCAAUUUUCUGCUGCUCCUUCCCCCCAAAACUCUUUCCCUCAGGGACCUGCUCCUUCCCCCCAAAACUCUAUUUCCCUCGGGGACCUAGAUGUCCUGGACCCCAGGGGGACAAACAAAAGUUCCUUACCCCUCCACGUGAAUAAUGCCUUUCUGCCCUGGCCAUCUAAUCGGACCCUCUGCUCGCUCCGGGAGGCCCCCACUCCCCGCCUUUCAGACCAGCUCCUCUCCGCCCCCUUCCUGGCCAUGACCCUCGUUGCCUCGGCCCAGUGUUCCCAGCUCAUCCGCUCCAAGUUCCGCUCCGUCCUCCAGCUCCGAAUCCACCGGAGAUCCCAGGACCAGCGUGAGAGUGGGCAGAAGCCUGACCAGAUCUCGACUGGGACCCAGACCUCUAGUCACUCCGCCCUUCUCCCCACUAAUGGAUCCAGGGGACCCCAGCGCCUGCCUCCAGCUCCUGCCCCCUGGGGAACACAGCCUUCUUUCACCCGGUCUUUUCCACCUAGGGAUUCAGUGGAUCCCUGGAUCUCGGCCUCAGCCCCCGACCAAGUCUCCGUCACCAAUUCCUCUCCCUUGUCCUGUGACUCUGCAGUCCCCAAACCCAAUCCAGCAACCCUCCCCUUUUCUGGGGUGUCAUUGAAGAAGGCCAAAGGAGACGGUCACCAGAGGGAGCCCAGAUCCAGAUUGAAACCACUCAAGUACCACGCGUAUGUGCCCCCAGAGCACCGCGGAGGGCCAGGGCCAGGGGCAGCGGCGCCAGCCCACGGAAGCCCCCCCAGGGAGGAUGGGCAGCUGUCAGGGCACAAGCAGGACCUGUCCUUGCCUAGGACUUGGGGGUCGAGACCGGGACUCCAGGACAGCCCCGCACCCCCGGAGGUCCCCCGACUAGUGGCCUCUAAGCCCAAGUUAGAGCUUCAGACCCUCCGAUUGGAGGAGCUGACGGUUUCGGAACUACGCCAACAGCUCCGCCUGCGGGGCCUCCCAGUGUCCGGGCCCAAACCGGCCCUACUGGAGCGGCUGCGGGGGGCCGGGGCCCGGGACAGGCAGCCCCCGCUGCAGCGGCCAGUGCGGAGCCCCGGGGUUCGCUCCCGUGCCAGCCCAAGCUCUAGUUCGAAGCCCAGGUCCCGUCCGCGACCUCGCACCGAGCCCCAGGCCCCUUCUAGAACAGCUGGAAAGUCCCCCUGGCCCCGCCCCACUGCCCCCGAGGCCCCGCCUGCUCCUCCCGCCCCGCCGAGAGGCCUGUCCUUGGAAGAGGAGCUUCAGGAGGCCAUCCGCAGGGCUCAGCUCAACCCGCAUCACUCGAUCCAGGACAUUCUGGACGAGCCUCUGGAGCCGCUGGCAGAAGCUCUGCCUCCACCCCCUCUGGAUUUCCCGGGCUCCUUCGACCUCCUGUCUCCAUCCCCGCCGCCGGGCUCCGAGGGCCUGUCCUCCGUCUUCUCCUCCUGGCCUCCGUCCCCGGCUAGCUCGCCAUCGCCAGGCCCGGGGCGUCCCCUGGAGGCCGCCGAUUGGCUGGAGGCUCUGACCGGAAGCCCAGCUCUGGACUGCUCCGGCCCAACCCCCAGCAUCUUCUGCACCGACUUCUCAGAGCCCGGGACCAGCAGACUCUGGGACUUGGGGGUGGAGGAGUGGUGAUGGGAGCCAGCAGGAGGGGGGGCCCUGCCGGGGACAGGCACCCAACAGACAGGGACAUCCGCAAGUCAGGAGCCACAAGAAAUGGCCACAUGCAUCCCGACAGAAAUUCACAGACGCACUCACAGUCACACGCAAAUACUGGCAGAGUAGGACAGAAACCAGCACAGAGAAAAAGUGCCGUUUCCACAAAGAGAAGCACAGGAAAACCUGCAGAGGCAGAGACACAGAUGGGGCCAGAGGAUGAGGGAGGGGAAUGAGAGGGGAACAGAGGCAGGGCCGCUGACAUUCAGAACUACAGAAAUGGCCCGUCAUUCACAGGGACCCUGACUAGUGGAGAGAAGGACCUUAAAUUGAGGGGCUCCAAUCCCCAAUCCUGCCCACAUUGAGAGUCUGGGAUUGGACAGGCACAAGGACAGCUGAGUGAUGUUGAAGAAGCCUCCCCCUUCCCCCAUCUUCUUAGCAGACUGUCGAAUUCUCAAACAUUCAUCUGUUUUCUCCUCUAAAAUGUAAAGGCCAGUCUGGUCAUUUCUCAGGACCUGGCCUGCCUCAGGUGUGUGAUUGUAGACUGGAUUGUGAACUACCCUUAGGGAAGGUCCUUAAUAUCUCUGGUCCUCAGUUUCCCCAUCUUUAAAAUGAAGGAGUGAGACAGAUUCUAAGCCCCCACUGCCUUUCAGAAUCUGUGAUUUCUAGACUAGACUCACUGUGUGAUUUUGGUGUCAACUAGUCUCUCUGGGCCUCAGUAAAAUGAGGACUCAAGGUUACUGGGCUCCAACUCUUCAGAAGCUUCAGUCUUCACUGGGGAGAGCGAGGCUAUACAGACACCCACGUCCAUGGACCAGGCUCUCAGCCUCCUGAUGUCUGCUUAAGCUUCCCAGGUUGGGAUUGCACUCCUGCUCAUCCUGCCUCUAAUCAGAACCCCAGGCUGAGGUCCACCAUGCCUCCCAGGAGUAUGGACAGGAAGGUGUCUGGGAGCUGGCGGUCUAGCAGAUUGGGUGCAGUUGUCCAGGCCCCUGUUACUGGCCUGUAUGAAGGCACCUGUGGCUAUGAUUGCUUGGUUGCCCUGUGUCUGCAGCAGAAAGAGAGUGUCCACUGAGGCCUCAGUCCCAUCAUCAGUGGACUUCGAAUCCCCACUGGAGGCAUUUUCCAUGGAUUCUCCAUACCAGGAGAGCCAGUUGGGGUGACCUCGAAGCUGGCAGCAGCAUCAGCCCAAGCCACCAGUGUGAGGAAGCUCCCACAGUGGGUCACCACAGCCAUUCACUACUUAACAUAUACCUGAGAAUUUAGGUCUUUGUUUGUUUUUUUCCUUUCAUUCUGAGCCUGUGAUUUUAUCAGUGUGGACAACUUCUGGAAUUAAAAAUCUCUCUACUAAUGUGCAAA